AUGGAAAGAGUUUUGAAACUAGAUAAAGACAUCUUUAAUUUGAUUAAUAGUGUAAGAGCUGAUCCAAAGUCUUUCAUUCCUUCAAUUGAUGCAGUUCUUAAGUCGUUAGAUGGCGAUGUCAUUAGAAGAGAAGGCAAGACUAAUGUCAGAACUAAUGAAGGUGCAAAAGCAGUUAAAGAAGCUAUAGAAUAUUUAUAGAAAGCUGAGAAGUGCCCAGCUCUGAAAUGGUCUGAUGAGUUGGCCAAAGCAGCAAAAGAACAUGUUGAUGACACUGGCCCUAAAGGUUUAAUGCAACAUGAGAGCUCUAAGGGCGUCUCUGUGAAGGAAAGAGUAUCUUAGUUUGGCAAAAUCAUAAACUGUUAUGGAGAAAAUUUAUCAUUUCACUGUGAUGAAGCAAUCGAAGUACUUCAGUAACUUAUCAUUGAUGAUGGAGUUUCCGAGAGAGGUCAUCGUGAAAACAUCUUUAACAAAGAUUUCAAGGCAUUUGGCUGCUAUAGUGGGCCUCAUAAAGACUAUGACUGCAUGACUAGUUUGAUAUUUGCUGGUGGAAUGGUAAAAAAGGGAGACCCUGAUCCCAUUGAAGAACAGAUGCAGGCUUAUCUGAAAGAGCAGGUAGAUAUUGAAAUGCCUACAGAUGUUAGAAGUUGGAAGUAGAAUACCAAGGUGCAUGUUCAAGGCAAUAAAGCUAGCAAAACUAUCACGAGAGUUUGCAUACUUAAGGAUGGAAGUGAAAAGACUGUUACUAAGACUUUAACAAGGGAGUUUACAAUUUGA